CGAGUGACAGUAUAGCCGGCUGACACAACUUUUAGACCACCAGAGCGCCUGCAACCCCUUGCAUAUAUCGCGUUACGUUUGUUCUAUGCGGUACUGUUUAUCCGACGGCGACGUCGAGUGAGUGUGAAUGCGCAUUGGUGUGCGAGUGGGGUGCGUAGCAAAUGGCUGACUCAGAGCAAGUCAGCUGCGUCCACCACCCCUCCUCGUACUUACGCACUGCGUAUACGGCGGCAACGCGAAAUCAGUAACAGUCCAUUGGCUGCCAUCAGAGUUACAAGUACUUAAACGCUGUCAAGCGGACGGAAGGCAAAGGUCGAUCGGUCGUCGCUCAUAAAUCGCUAAAUACUUCCGUGUCUGCAUUCGAUGUACGCGUACCGCUGACCGUUGUCUCCUGUCACAUCGUACAGUGGUCCAGUGUCGGUUGCAGCGAAUAAAAGUAUUUGCUCAGCGCUAACGAGCGCCAUUACAACAAGUGAACGCGUAGUGUAAGGUAUAGCCGCGAAGUCAAUGAGCAUCUGUACUCCAGCAUAGUGAAAAAGAACUGAGUAGCCGCACGGGUCGCGACGUCUUGUGUUACGUGACUAAUAAGUGGACAAGUAUUGAAAAACUAAACUGGAAUAUUAAAGAAAAAUUAAAACCAAAGAAUAUUUAAUAACUUAGUGUGUUUAAAGUGUUUCCGAAUCUCUCCGGCAAAAUGGUGAUGCUCCAGUCGCCACCGAAAAGCGCCAAUGUUUUGCCAGCGAAUGCCGUCGGCGGUCAGCUAAGUCCCAACUCGAAUCCCGAUUCACCCAAAUCGAACACCUCACCGGAGGUGGCGUGCAGUAAUGCCGACGGUGCUGCCACGCCCACAUCCACAACGUCUAGCGCUUCGCUAACACCAAAGAUACCGAAAUUCAUUAUAAGCCAACAAUCUAUAGCAGCUGCGACCGCUGCUGCUACCGGCAACAAUAGCGGUACACUAACUGCCGCCGGAAAGUCGCCUCACUCCAAUGGCGAUAGCCUGCGCUUUUCUCUCGAACGUCUUAAGCAGAUGACAGAGCUGAAAGUGGUGAAUCACCUCAGUCCAACGGCAGCUGCCAGCGGCUCAGCUGAACAGGAGGAUGCGAUAAAGUGCAACAACAACAACAGCAACAGUGUUAGCAACAACAAUGCUAAUGGUAUCUCUACCAACAGGCACGGCAAUAGCAGUAAUAGCAGCAAUAGCGACAAUGGUCACUCGCUUUCACCACCAGCCACUUUUUCCAGCCCGCCCCAUCAAAAUCUACUCGAAUUCAAUGACACCACUUGCCAGCUGCCGCGGCCCGAGCCUUUGCCCCACCCGCAUGCCGCACUGCUGCAACAACAUCCACAUCUCUUACAAAAUCCACAGUUCCUUGCGGCCGCAGCCGCUCAACAUCAACAUCAUCAUAAUCUCCAUCAACAUCCGCAUCAUCAUCUUCAUCCGCAACAGCCUACUAAUCAUUCGCAUUCCCACCAUCCAUUAGCAGACUUUCAUACGCUGCGUCCACCGUUGUCCACAAUGGCUGGUUUGCCGCCGCCACCAACACAAUCUGUAAAUUCGCAUCAACGUCUCCCAUCACCCGCUAGUUCACCACUUUCGCCACCCACGUCACCAUUUCAACCGCAUUCCGAACAGCCGCAAACAACGCCACAACUGCUGUCACCAGUGCAACCACAACAUCAGCAUCAACACCAGCACCAGCAACAACAUUCCGCACACUCGUCUUUUACUUCCUCGUCAUCCUCCUCUGCACCUAAUGCCAAUGUCGCAUUUUCGCCCCAACAACAGCAUCUACUGUCAACGCCACCCUCAUCAAUGUUACUCAGCGCUCCUCAUACCCUUCCACAUGCCACCCAAUUGGCCAGCUGCAGUCCCUCGUCAACACUUACGGCGCCACAUGAUAUGGAUCUGGAAAGGAUUAAGUUGGUCGCCGCACAGGCUGUGGCCGCUCGUUCUACCGUGACAUUGGGCUCAGCUGUAACUGCGUCGAGCACCUCCUCCGCCGCUGCUGCUGCCUCUAUGGCUGCUGCAGCAACCGGCUUGUGUUUACCAUCAUCGAACCAGCGUCCGGACCUUAGUGAUUAUGGAUUUCGAAUACAGUUGGGUGGGUUGGCGGCGGCAGCAGCAGCAGCUGCGGCUACUUCACGCCAAAUUGCGGCGGCAAAUUAUGCGAGAAGUGAUACCAGCGAGGAAUUAAAUGUGGAUGGCAACGAUGAGGACAGCAACGAUGGAUCACACGACACGCCAACGGCUUGCCCUGUUGAUCUGACGAGAUCGGUGCCAACCUCUGCUUCAACAACAUCGUCGGCGACGAAUGCGUCAACGGAAAAGGAAGCCACAAAGCGGUUAGCGUUUUCAGUGGAGAACAUCUUGGACCCAAACAAAUUCACUGGCCGAAAUGGUCCAUCCGGACAUUAUGGCGGUCGUGGUUGGGGCUCAAGCAGCAGUAAUGCCGAUCGAGAUGAUGAAAUGCAUGACGACGAGCACAGUGAAGAUAUGUCGGCUCACGACCUCAAUGACAUGGAUCAGGAUGACAUGUGUGAUGAUGGCAUGAGCAGUGACAUUGAUGACCACGCCAGCGAGACGGAUUCAAAGAAGGGUGGCAGUCGUAACGGAGAUGGCAAAUCACAAGGUGGUAGUGGUGGCGGCUCUAAGCCAAGGCGUGCACGUACCGCCUUCACCUAUGAACAGCUGGUAUCGUUGGAGAAUAAAUUCAAGACGACGCGUUAUUUGAGCGUUUGCGAGCGUCUUAAUUUAGCGCUGAGUCUCAGCCUCACCGAAACGCAGGUUAAAAUCUGGUUUCAAAAUCGACGCACCAAAUGGAAGAAACAAAACCCAGGCAUGGAUGUGAAUAGUCCGACGAUUCCACCACCACCGGGUGCGGCAGGUUUCGGACCCGGCGCCUAUGCCAGCAGUCUGCUUUACACGCAUGCCGUGCCCUAUCCACCCUAUGGACCCUACUUCCAUCCACUUGGCGCACACCAUCUCAGUCAUUCGCACUCAUAAAAUUGCAAGAUGCAACAGCGAUUGUUGCAAAUAUUAGAAAUGCGAAAAUAUCAAAAACGUGAAGAACAUAAAACGGGUACCGACGGAAUGCUGAACAAAUAAUGAAGAAAGCAUGCAUGAAGGAGAGGAGAAGCACGGAAGAAGAAUAAUGGCUAAAAUGUGAUUUUUGGGAAAAAGUUAUAGUGGCGCAAAAUUAAUCAUCCUAUCGGAAGAUUUAUAACUUGUGCAAAUGGGUCAAACAUAUUUGACACUUGUGAACUAGACAGCUGCAGCCAGACAAACAGAUAAGCAAUAGAGCGCGUAAAGGACAAAAUAGAGAUGCCCAUCACUCGAAAUAUUUUUUUUAUUUAAUAAAAAAGGUAUUUAAAAACCUAAUUGGAUGAUUAAUUUUGUGCCACCUUGUGUAAGUAUGUACAUGCGUGCUUAUCUCUACCGUUGCUGCUUUGGAUUGUUAUAGCUUGAGAAAUUUUUGUGAAACUGACCCUUAAGGCUUCACGGUGCUGUCAAUUAAAUGCAUUCGCACACAAGCAUACCUACGUGAACGUUGCAAUUGUAAAUAUUCGAAUAUGUUGGGAAUUUGUUUUCAUGCUUGAUUUGAUAUUUUAACUUAGGUCAUAAAGUGAAUAUUUGAAGUUUCUGGUAUCCUAGUCAAUUAAUUCUAUGGAUAAGUGUGCACAAUAAUUGAAUGAUGUAUAUAUUAAAAUAUGUAUAAGUGAAUAUAUGUACAUAUAUUUAUGUAUGUAAUUGUAAGUAAUUAUCCUGUAUUUAUGUAGAUAUGUAAAAUCUAAUGUUAAUUAAUAGCACUUAGUGAGAGACUCUGCUUUCUAUUCUAAGGCUUGCCAAACAAAUUAUGCCAAAAACGAAAAAUAUUAAUUUACUGACUGCAAUUAUUUUAAAACUAAGCCAAAGAAAAUCAAAAUUAUGAUAACAAAAUUAAAGAUAAAAUAUGUAAG